AUGGUCAUGCCAGAGUCUAUAAAAUACCUCGACGCCAAAGCUCGAGUGGUUCGAGCACUCGGCCGCAUUACGAGGUUCACACAGGCAACCAAUGAAUAUCUCGCAGACCAAACCAGUACAAGCAAACGGGCAAAGGUCGAAACCAUGCUCUUAGAAGUAAAUGAUCUACGUGCCAAUGUUGAUCAAGAUAUCCAAGUUAUGGAGACAGCAGUAGGAUCAAAGACAUCGCCUAUCGACGUCACUGACAAUACAUGCAGCACUUCCCUGAGCGAUUCAUUUGACCAACUAUAUUACGAUCUUAUUGCUAUGGCUCACUUACAUACGAUUCCAUUAACUAAAGAACAUGAAAUUUCACAAAACCAGACAACUCAAUUUGGAAACUCGUCGAUCUAUCAACUACCGAAACGGAAAUUCCCCACCUUCUCCGGAAGUCUAAAAGAGUACCAAGGCUUUGAAGAUCUGUUUAAUUCAAUUUUGUCGCAUACUCCAGAACUCCAGGACGUUGAAAAAUUUGAAUAUUUAAAGACAUCUUUAGAAGGAGAAGCACUCUCUCUGGUAUCGCAUCUAUCGUUGACCUCAGCCAAUUACCAAAGUGCGUGGAAAAUCCUACGAAGUCGGUACGGGAACAAACGUGAUUUGGCACGUAUCCAUUUGGAUGCACUUUUAGCACCUCAAAAGGUUACAUUUGCCAACGCCGCAUCAAUUAAACACGUGAUUAACAUCAUUCAAGAACAUACAGCUGCGUUGGACAACCUGAAUUUUAUCACUCGUCAGUGGGGGCCAAUUCUGGUGCACAUAUUCGAACAACACCUCGAUUAUGAGUUACGUUCUCGCUGGGAGUUACGGGUAGGAGAAAACUAUUCGCCCCAGGUCAGCGAAUUUGUGGAUUUUUUACACACUCACAUCCGAUCGGCAGAAGUCCACCCGUCUAGCUCGACGUCAACGAAUGAGGCACCACCAACUUCAUUUAAAAACUCUAAUACUAAAGCUCGCCAUCGUCCCGUUGCCAAAGUUCUAACUACAACAGCUCCACAGACGCCCAUUACUAAAUGUGCGCUAUGCAAAACGGUCCAUUCAAUACGUCAAUGUUCAGUUUUCCUCAAGGAACCUCCCACUGAACGAUUCAAAAUAACAAAGACGUUAGAUCUUUGCAUAAAUUGUUUGGGCUCCGGUCAUUCAUCUGCAGCAUGUCCUUCGAAAAGCUCGUGUAAAUCCUGCCGUAAACGUCAUCAUUCAUUGCUUCAUUUUCCAGAACAAAAGACAUCAACAAAUGAUGUUGUUUCACCAAUUUCAAUGGUAGCGGUACAUCCACGACCACAAUCCAUUCUAUUAUCAACCUUACUCGUCAAUAUCUCGUCAAUCCAUAAGGAAACCUACACUUUUCGAGCACUGUUGGAUACAGGAUCCCAAGUGAGCUUCAUUACCAAAAAAUGUGCCGAUCGACUGUCAUUAGUUCAACGCCGCUGUUCUGCCAGAGUGAACACUUUCUCAGGGGCAUCAAUUAAUGCAGUGUCUGGCAUAUCAUCGAUCAAGCUGGCACCAGUAGGGAAAACUGAGCCUUGCAUCCCACUCGACGUCUUCAUUGUCAGUAAAAUUACUGAUGCAACACCGCAGUCUAGUUAUUCAUCUACUUCAUGGUCACACGUAAAAAACUUGGAUUUAGCUGACCCAACAUUUCACACUCCCGGCCCAGUUGACAUCUUACUCGGGGCAGAUGUCGCACCAACCAUACUGACUGGUACUCGCAUUGCAGGACAACCAUUACAACCGACCGCUUUCGGAACGAUAUUUGGAUGGAUCUUGAUGGGUCCAAUAUCACCAACAUCCAGCAACCAAAUGACCUCAUUGUUAGUAACCACGAAUACGACAUUAGAAAAAACGCUAACAAAGUUUUGGGAGAUGGAGGAACUCCCAAAGGUAAAACAUCUAAGUCCUGAUGAAAUUCAGGCGGAGACCAUCUUUACAUCUUCAAUCAAACGUCUACCCUCGGGACGGUUUAGUGUUGCCUUGCCAUUUAAACAUUUACGUCCAAUACUAGGUGACUCCAAAGGUGGAGCGCUCAGAAGAUUUCAUGCUCUCGAAAGGCGUAUGGCUCAAGAUCCAACCUUGGGCAAAAAAUACUCAGAUUUCAUGCAAGACUACUUGGAAAGUAAACACAUGGAAGUAGUUCCCGAGAGCAAUAAAAUCACUCCCUAUUGCUAUUAUAUACCACAUCAUUGUAUCCUGCGUCCGGAAAGUCAAACUACAAAGCUUCGGGUAGUUUUUGACGCCUCAUCUCGAACUACUUCUGGACAGUCAUUAAAUUCCAGCGUGUACACUGGACAGAAGUUACAGCAAGAAAUUACCAACAUUCUGAUUCGAGCUCGAGUACACAAGUUUUUAUUCACUGCGGAUAUCAAACAAAUGUACCGACAAAUCCAAAUUCAUGCAACCGAUCGAGACUAUUUACGCAUACUUUGGCGUUUUGAACCAGACUCACCAAUUCAAGAAUAUCGCCUAUGUACGGUUACAUAUGGCACCUCUUGUGCUCCACACCAAGCACUACGCACGAUGCAAUAUCUGGCGACAAUAGAAGAGUCAAGGUUUCCAAUUGCUGCUAAAGUGCUGAAGAAUGACAUGUUUGUUGACGACAUUCUUACAGGAGCUCAGUCAGAAGAGGAGACCCUGUUCUGCCAACAACAGGUGAUAGCUCUGUGUGCUCAGGGGAAGUUCCAACUAAGGAAGUGGGCUAGUAAUCUACCCAGCAUCUUACAAGCAGUACCCGCUACUGAAUGCUCUAUGGAUCCCGCUGUACUAUUUGAUGACGAAGGGCAAGCAAUACUCAAGAUCCUCGGCAUGCAUUGGAACCCUACACAGGACUACUUUUCGUACCACUAUCAUAGUCCAAGCCUCACAACAACAAAACGUUCGGUCUUAUCAGAUAUGGCACGUAUCUUCGACCCAUUGGGUUUCUUAGCACCCGUCACCUUCCUGGCCAAAUAUGUAAUGCAAUUACUAUGGACGUCUGGAAUUGGUUGGGACGAUCUCGUCCCGGAACAAAUACUAACGAUUUGGAAGCGAUAUCAACAGGAGCUUAAAAGCAUACAAACAUUAACUAUUCCUCGUCGAAUCACGAUAGAUGGGCAUCCAACAUAUGAGUUACAUACAUUUUCCGAUAGCUCAGAAAAGGGUUAUGCUGCAGUCGUGUAUCUGCGUUGUAUUAGUGGUUCCACGAUUCAGUGUCACCUCAUCACAGCAAAAUCAAAGGUAGCUCCACUUAAACACGUCACCAUUCCACGGUUGGAACUUUGCGGAACGCUACUUGCUGCAAAAUUGUUGCAUUCAGUCCAUCACAUUUUCGCUUCAAUUAUAUCCAUCACUACAAUGCACGCGUGGACUGACUCAACCACCGCUCUGUCUUGGAUAAAAUCAUCGCCUCAUCGUUGGGCAACAUUCGUCGCCAAUCGUACAAGUCAACUACAGGAACUUACACCACCAUCUAUAUGGCGUUAUGUUCCCACAAAUGACAACCCUGCUGACUGUGCCUCAAGGGGGCUCUAUCCAUCUGAGGUUCUUCAUCAUCCACUCUGGUGGUCUGGUCCCAGAUUUCUCUACCAAGACCAUAAUACAUGGCCACCAACAGUUAUCAACAACGAUCCUGAUACGACAAAUUCGGAAGAACGUAAAACUACUCUAGUAGUCACACUACAUCAGACUGUCAUCGAAGAUCUAUUAAAUAAAUAUUCAUCACUCGCUACAAUCAUACAUGUUGUCGCAUACUGUUCAAGAAUCUUUACCAAAUCUAAACCAAUAACCAUAAAGUUGUCUCCUCAUGAACAAGUAGAUGCCUUGCAACGGAUCAUUCGAACAGUACAAGGGCAAUCAUUUUCGGAUGAGUUUGACAAAACAGGUAAUUACUCCUAUGCAAACACUAGCAAAUUACGAAAACUCAGUCCGUUUCGAGAUGAUCACGGAAUAAUACGUGUUGGUGGUCGUCUAAAUCAUGCACCGAUUCCAUAUGCACAGAAGCAUCCAAUACUUCUGCCACGUUCCCACCGACUAACGAACCUACUCAUUGAUGAUUUUCAUAAAGAACACAAACAUCCCGGUGCCACUACUCUGCAAACAAUAAUUGCACAACAGUAUUGGAUAAUAUCUGGUCGCCAAGUCAUUAGAUCCCGAUUAAGACUCUGUAUUGCUUGCUACAAGACGCGCCCACGCAAUCCACAGCCUUUUAUGGGUGACAUGCCCAAAUAUCGUCUGCAACAGAUAAAACCAUUUAUGACAACAGGCGUAGACUAUGCCGGCCCAAUCAUUUUAAAGUCCUCUACAACACGUCGAACGGUGCCCAGUCAAGCAUACAUCUGUUUAUUUGUGUGUAUGACCACCAAGGCAUUACAUUUGGAAGUGGCCUCAGAUUUGUCAUCCGAAACCUUUCUGAUGGCGUUUUGUCGUUUCAUCUCCAGACGCGGACCGAUUGAACAAAUACACAGUGACUGCGGAACAAAUUUCAAGGGGGCGGCUAACCUAUUACAGCCCGUCGAUCAAUUCACCCAUUCCAAGGAGUAUCAGAAUCAGUGUCAGGCAUAUCUAACGGCUCGGAAUAUCAGUUGGCAUUUUAACCCCCCUUCCGCACCACAUUUUGGAGGAUUAUGGGAGGCUGGGGUCAAAUCAGUCAAAACACUGUUAUACAGAACCCUUGGGUUGCAACGACUAACAUACGAAGAAUUGAGCACAUUGCUGAGUCGCAUUGAAGCUACUUUAAACUCACGUCCACUGGGUGCCCUAAGUUCUGAUCCAUCCGAAUUUGAGGCCCUUACUCCAAGUCACUUUCUCACUCUUAUGUCCAGUACAGCCACUGUCGAACCUAAUUUAGAGAAAAUUCCUCUAUCUCAUUUUCAACGUUGGAGACUAAUUAAGGACCUCCAAGUCCACUUCUGGAAACGAUGGCAAAACGAGUAUUUGCAAACUCUCCAAAGACGCAGCAAAUGGACAAACCAUAGUGACAACUUGAAAACCAAUACCUUGGUCCUAAUACGAGAACCAACACCUCCACUUCUAUGGAAACUUGGUCGGAUUCUCCAGGUGCACCCCGGCCAAGAUGGGAUUGUUCGAGUUGCUACCGUCCAAACCAGCACCGGAAUCAUCAAGAGACCAAUCGUGAAACUCUGUCCACUUCCAACCUGUUAA